GAGUGAUCAGUCAGUGAUCAGUUAUAAAUGGGGGAAGAUCAAGAUCCACAGCGGUUGAAGAAGAUCGCCGCCGCCUCAUAUGACUAUGAUAACGACCCACGAUGGGCGGAUUACUGGUCCAACAUCCUUAUCCCUCCUCACAUGGCCUCUCGUCCCGAAGUUGUGGAGAACUUCAAGCGCAAGUUCUACCAGCGUUACAUUGAUCCUGAUCUUGUGAUCGAGCCGAUGUCUUCUAGCAGUUCUUCUCAGUCUACAAGACCAUCUGCAACAUCCUCAGCAUCAUCUGCAGCUGAACAAGCACGGUCACGGAAUGCAGGUUCGACUACUAGGACAUCAGGGGCAUCAACAGCAACGAGCACAAAUCCGGGUUCUUUGCGCUGGGACCGCCAAACCAUACAAUUUUCUGUCAAUGCUUGGGUAUUUAUUGUUGCCUUGCUUGCAAUCUUUCCUCUUGCACCUAGAAAUCUUUCAAACAGGGCAUAUCGCUUGUCCUUUAUGGGAACUGCAGGUUCAUCUCUGUAUUCUUUGUACUCAUUAUACGGGAAACCAAGGGCAUGGAAUCUGCCGGCUCUCCAAGUAUGGUUUCAGUCAGUAAUCCCAGCAAAGGAUUUUAUGUACUUUCUUUACUGUCUUAUGUUUGUGACCUCCCAUCUUCACCUGAAAUUUGCUUUGAUACCUGUGCUUUGCCGAGUGCUUGAAAAUGUUGCAAAGUUUCUAAGACGCAAUUUUGGUGGUUCCUCGUUGUACAGGAAGUAUCUGGAGGAUCCUUGUUUAUGGGUUGAGUCGAACACAACCACCCUCAACAUACUGACUGCACAUGCUGAAAUUGCAUUGGGUUUCCUCUUAAUCAUUUCACUAUUCUCGUGGCAACGUAACAUAAUACAAGCAUUUAUGUACUGGCAGCUCUUGAAGCUCAUGUACCACGCUCCUGUGACUGCAAGCUACCAUCAGAGUGUGUGGGCUAAAAUUGGCCGGACUGUGAAUCCUCUUGUCAACCAUUAUGCCCCAUUCUUGAAUACACCACUGUCUGCUGCCAAAAGAUGGUGGUUCAGGUGAAAACGCAACAGGGAAGUGAAAUGGAUGAUACUAAAAGGAAAAAAAAAAAAUCAAAGAGACCACAUGGGAUUUUAGUUGAUGAAGUCUCUUUUAUUUAAAGCUUGUUAGACCAUGCAACAAUCUUAAUUAAAAAUAUUCAACUGGAACACUUUCCUU